UGCUUCCAGUGCGACUUUCCAUACGACACACUCUUAUUCCUUGAAAACAGCACCGACAACAUCUCAGAGGAGUCCGGAGACUCCGACCUGAAUGAUUUUCAGAGGGGAUAUGGUGGAAUGACCAACAGCGACUUCAACAAAAUCUCCCACCCCACAGUUUAUGGAUUAAUCUUCAUUCUGGGAAUAGUUGGCAAUGGAUUGGUUGUUCUGGUCAUGGGCUACCAAAAGGUCAAAACGAUGACAGACAAAUACAGGCUCCAUCUCUCGGUUGCUGACCUCCUGUUUGUCCUCAUGCUGCCCUUCUGGGCUGUGGAUGCGGCUAAAUCCCGGUACUUUGGACACUUCCUCUGUGUGUCCGUGCACAUGAUCUACACGAUCAACCAGUACAGCACCGUCUUGAUCCUGGUCUUCAUCAGCUUGGACAGAUACUUGGCGAUGGUUCACGCCACCGACAGCCAAGCCACGAGGAAGCUGCUGGCGAACAGAGUGGUGUAUGUGAGCGUGUGGCUGCCUGCUGCCAUCCUAUUACCUGACUUUUUGUUCGUUCAGGUGCAGAACGAGAGCUCAAAAUCCCCCAUCACGGGGACAGCUGACUUCAGACCCAUCUGCACGCGCAUCUACCCAGAGGAAAAAAGACUUGUGUGGACAGUUGUUUUCCGUUUCCAGCACAUCCUGGUGGGCUUCAUCCUGCCCAGCCUGGUCAUCCUCAUCUGCUACUGCAUCAUCAUCUCCAAGCUGUCCCGAGGCGCCAAGGGCCAGGCGCUGAAGAGGAGAGCGCUGAAGACCACGGUCAUCCUUAUCGUCUGUUUCUUCAGCUGCUGGUUGCCCUACUGCGCCGGCAUCUUCUUGGACACCCUCAUGAUGCUGAACGCGGUCCCCAUCACAUGUGGGCUGCAACAGGCCGUGGCCAAGUGRCUUUCUGUCACGGAGGCGCUGGCUUACUUUCACUGCUGCUUGAACCCCAUCCUGUAUGCGUUCCUGGGGGUGAAGUUUAAGAAAACGGCCAGGAGUACACUGACCCUCAACAGCAGCAAAUCGAGCCAGAAAGUGACUCUCAUGACCAAAAAGCGGGGUCAAAUUUCAUCCGUGUCCACAGAGACAGAGUCUUCAAGCGUUCUGUCAAGUUAACUCCUUUUUUUAUUUCAGAGACUUUGUCUUCUCAGGAGAGGGAAAAAAAGCUAACUUUUAAGCAUCUUACUACAUUUUGUACAUAUGUAAAAACAAAGAGUUUGUUUAAUACUUAUUUGCAUUUGUAUGCUUGAAAACAGUUUUUUAUUUAUAAUUGGUUUUCCACAAUUUUCUGUUUUGCUCAAAAAUAAUUGUGUCCUCAGGCUGUGCCUCAUUUUCAGUUUUUACACUUUGUUACGUCACACCAGAGGAGCUCAGUUACUUGUUCUUUGCUGUUUUCAUGGGUGCUGUUUGGAAACCCUGUGCUUAGCAUGUGUUUGCUCUAAAGUUGUGUGAUUGUGUUCAAACUGUUAUUUAUUGAUGCCAUUCAAACUGUAAUAAAAAAGUGUGAGCUCUUU